AUGAUGCUUGUUGCCAACUCAUGUUUAGCUAAACUUCUUUUCACAAGUGCUUUAUUAGGAAAUACUAUAUGGGCACUUAAAAAUGAUCUUGAGCAAAUUUCAUAUCAAGAUCCACUUUGCAUUUUUCGAGGUUACCUCAUGCAUGCUACAGUUGGCGCACAAUUUGAUUCCUAUUUAUUACAAGCCAUCUACCGGUAUAUGACAGUGGUUUAUCCCACACGACUUUUCUGGCAGAGAAAACAGUUUCAGGGUUUCCUCGUCGGUUUGAUAUGGGUAUGUGCUUUUAUAUUUGCUAUUCCACAUAUUGCUACUGGUGAAAUUCAAUACAAUGCUGACAAUCAGAUAUGUGAUACACCUUUUCGUUUGUCUUUUAUAAUCAUUUAUAAUAUAGUUUAUGUCUAUUUCAUACCGCUGUAUGGUAUUUUGUUUAUUUAUGUCAAACUAAUUCUCUAUGUGAAAGAGAUAAAUAAACGUGUAACAACAAUUAACCCUGUAUCUCGUGCACAACGCGAACUAAAAAUGGUUCAUCGAAUAGUUAUACUUGUAUCAAUAUUAUUAGUACUGGGCGUACCUUAUACAAUCUUCAUCAUUAUGGGAUUUUUCACUCAACCACCUAAAUAUCAUUUACGUAUUUCUUUUACAUUUAUAUAUGUCGCAUUACUAUUUAUUAUGAUUACAUUAUUUCAAUUUACUGAUCCAGUUAAGACAUAUCUCAUGACAAAAAUAAAGCGGCAAUCAAACAUAAUUGCAGCAACAACAGUAUAA